AUGAGGUACCGCGACCUCGGCACAGAGCAGGAGAAGGAACAGGGGGAAAUCGUGCAACCAACCUGCGUGCUAGAGUCAGAUUUCGGCUUCAAAAUAAACUGCGCCUUCAAAAAAUCUGGCCUGUUCAGAGUACGGAAUCUUGGUGGCAUCAAAGCACAUGCUAGUUUAGGUUUCAGUCUUGGUGAUGAGUUGGGCUUCGAGCAGUCCCUUACAAACUUGGACCCCAGCAGACGGCGAUCUGUCAGUGUGAAGAAUGGUCCACCUGCUAACGUGCUUGCUGACCCAUCGAGGACGAACGUUAAGCAGGAGAAACGUGGCAAACAGAACCGUAUCAUGCGCCCGGUGGCUCCUGCUAACCGCCCCAACCAAUCUGCAAUGGAUAAGCUGACCAGCUUGCAUCGUCGAGUUUCUUCCACCAUGCAGCCCAUCAUUGUCCAGGCUCCAGUAGAACAAACAAUAGCCAAACCUGUCCCUACCGUUACCAUGGCCAAACCUAUGCCCAUGGGAAUACCAGCCUUCAAACCACUACCGCCAAAAGAAGAAACCCUUGCCGUCCUACCGAUAGCAUCCACAAGGAAGUCCUACACACCACUGCAAGUCCCACAAUCCAAGGGCCCAGGACUCGCAUACCAAAGUGAGAUAUAUCCAUCACACAACCAAAUAUCAAAAAUGGUUUCACAAAUGACAGCAGAACAGUUUUCCCCAGUCAAGUUCACACAGAGUCCCGUCAUUGUAGAGCAUCCAAAACUUUACUCCAUCACUACUGUUAAUCCAUUUGUACCUAUGCCCCCUUCUCAAGCUAUAUCUCUUAUACCUGCUCCAGCUUUCAAAGAAAUACAAAGACAACCCUACUCACCUAACUCUAUUAUCCAAAAACAUCCUCUUUCUAACUUUGUAGACCCAGUUCCCCAUCAAGUCCACGAUAUUGCGAACAACGCUGUUUAUAACACGAAGAAAGUCGACGAUUACAAUUCUAUAACUGGUUACGGAGAUGACACUGUGUUGAAAAUUAAUAAAGAAGAGAUUAACUCGAAGAUAGCAGAGAUUGCUAAGGCCGGUAAUAUAUCUAUGGAGGCAGUAGAAGCAGCGAUAGCAUUGAGGCAACAGCAGUUGUUGAGUAAAUACGCAAACAUUCCGGCUCCAAUACCCGCGCCUUCCACCACGUCGUCCACAACAAGCACGACGACAGAACAGCCGUUCGUGUUCCAGCAGGAACCCGAACCAGAAAUAUUGACUGCAGCAAUACCACAGAAGCCGCCGAAGAGAACUCCUAUAUCUGGCAAGGUAAUGAAUGCUCCUCGUGAGUAUUAUCCUGUCGGUUAUGAGAAGAACUUCGACGACCACUUCCAGUCCAAGGUAGAUCUUCCGGAGACCAACUUCCACUGUGGUGACCAGAAGUACUUCCCUGGAUUGUAUGGAGACGAGAGUCUUGGGUGUAUGGUGUUCCACGUCUGCGCUCUGACAGACGAUGGUCUCGUCAUGAAAUCCUUCCUCUGUCCUGAAUCCACGCUCUUCGAUCAGACCAUCCUCAAAUGCAACUGGUGGUUCUACGUAGACUGCAAGAAUACGAAGAAACUGUAUGACACUAAUAUACCAGUCUCCAAGAGCUACCAGUUGAUGAAGGCACUCACUUUCUUCUCAUCAUACAAGAAAGAGAUGCAAGAUGGUCAAAAGACUAACCCAGAAGAUGUAGAUGGUAUUAAAGAAGCUAUAUCCAUCCUUCAGAAUCAGGAUACUUCGCGUCCAAAUGCACCUGUUCAAACUAACGCAGGCGUUAGCUUCCCUAAUGCACCAAGCGUUUCUAACACAGGCAGUACACAAAAUACUGCUAGUUCAUCUAGCCACAUACAAUUCAUCACUCCCACUCCAAUCAUUGAUGAAAGGAAUAAGAAAACUACAACUGAAACAGCCCCUGUAUAUAGAGGCAAUAGGAACCUAAAUGCAACAAGAAACUUUAAAAAGAAUUCAUCCUCCGCAGAAAAUACUUCAGAUAUCAAACUUAUAACUGUUAACGCUGAUAUAAAUAUAGCCAAUGGUAAUGUUACUGAGAACGAUUCAAGGGAAAGAAAGCAUAGAAGAAGAAUGACUUUGAGAAAUACUUCUAUAGCUCAACCCACAACUACUAGCACGACGACUACAAGCACUACAACAAGCACAACACAGAAACCUACAACCACAACACCUAGCAUAGAAAUAAUCAAAGUAGAUAUACAACCAAUAGAAAACAUACAAAGGCAAGAAAAACUGACCGACCAAAUUGAAGACGUCAAUCCAAACACAGCGAAUUCAGCUCCAGUCAGACGUUUCUACCGGUCCAGUGCAGAGAAAUUUGAAGAUAAAGAAAUGGCUAUAGUGAAUAAUGAGAAAGUACAGAUUGUAAGACCAUCAUCACAUUCAAGAUUAGUAGGACAUUAUCCAACGCCUAGUGCGACCAUAGCAAAAUUAGAUGAAGCCGUGCUAGGAAAAAUAAGGACGAAAAAACAGGCAAUAGCAAUAGUGACGCCUGAAAAACACAGUCCGGAAACGUAGUCCGAAAUUAGUCAAUUAAUAAGUGUCAUAAGUAAGUUAUUUAUUUCGCCGAUACGUGUGGACAUGUAUUUGCUCAAUUUUUGUACUUUAAUAGUCUAGUUGAAUGGAGUCAAGUGAUAUUACGGUG